AUGAGCAUGAUGUUCCGCAAGAAGGCGCUGGCGCCGCUGAGCCUGACCCGCCACCUCUCGACGCGCCCGGCCAAGUGCGUCGGUGUCGUCCGCGAGGUCUACAACAAGUGGGAGCGGCGCGCGCCGCUGACGCCGGGCCACGUCCAGGAGCUCGUGCAGGCAGGCAUCAACGUGCAUGUGCAGCCGAGCAACCAGCGCAUCUUCACGGACGACCAGUACACGGCGGCAGGCGCGGUGGUCACGAACGACCUCUCGGCGGCCAACGUCAUUGUCGGCGUCAAGCAGGUGCCCAUCGAGCAUCUCCUGGACGACAAGACGUACCUCUUCUUCUCGCACACGAUCAAGGCGCAGCCCGAGAACAUGAAGCUCCUCGACGCGAUCUUGGAGAAGCGUAUUCGCCUCAUCGAUUACGAGUGCAUCACGGAGGGCGGGCAGCGCAACGGCCGCCGGCUCAUUGCGUUUGGCUCGUACGCGGGCCGCGCCGGCAUGCUCGCGGGCUUCCGCGGUCUCGGCGAGCGCCUCAUCAACAAGGGCUACUCGUCGCCGUUCGUCAACAUUGGCUCGGCGUACAUGUACCAGGACCUCGACCGGGCCAAGGCCGCCGUCGCGACCGCUGGCGAGCUCAUCAAGAAGAACGGUCUUCCCGCCGACCUCGCGCCGCUCACCGUUGUCUUUACGGGCAGCGGCAACGUCUCGCAGGGCGCCCAAGAAGUCUUCAAGCUCCUCCCGCACGAGUUCGUGUCGCCCGAAGACCUCCCGCACCUCAAGCCCAACCGCCACGUUGUCUACGGCUGUGUCGUGGACGAGAAGCACAUGGUCCAGCACAAGACCAAGAAAAACGACUUCACCAAGGAAGAGUACUACAAGCACCCGGAAGAGUACGAGCCGACAUUCCACCAGAAGAUUGCGCCGCACACGUCGCUCCUCGUCAACUGCAUGUACUGGGACGACCGGUACCCGCGCUUGAUCACAAAGGACCAGAUGGACGAGAUCACGGCCGCGAGCGGCGGCGACCCCAAGCUCCUCGGCGUCGCCGACAUCUCGUGCGACAUUGGCGGCAGCGUCGAGUUUCUUGAAAAGUCGACGUACAUUGAAGACCCGUUCUUCCUCUACGACAUCAAGUCGCGCACGGCCAAGUCGUCGCUGGCGGGCGAGCCUGGCGUCAUGAUGAUGGGGGUCGACAUUCUGCCGAGCGAGCUCCCAAGCGAAUCGUCCAACCACUUUGGCAACCACCUCGUGGGCUUUCUCAAGAGUCUGGCGGGCGGCGAGAAGGACAUUCCGGACGAGCUUCAAGGCGCGGUGAUUGCGGCCGACGGUCGCCUCUCGCCCAAGUACGA